AAAGUGGGCUAUCAAGAAAAUAAGUAGUUGGGAGAUGCUUUUUUAAUGCAAAUGACAAAUUGCAAAGGCCACUAGUUGUUAUGAGAAUCAGCUCAAUUUGCAAAGGCCACUAAUUGUUAUGAGAUGCCUUUUUUGUCUAUUUAACAAGAAGAUUUGAAUGGACUUAGUAAAGGGAGGUUAAGACAAUGGGGAGUUUAGAGGGAUGUAAUGGUGGUGUAUCUGAUUUUGUGGAAGGAAGAACAUCAGAGCAGAAGGUGAUUGAUGGCAGACUGUUCCCCAAAGUUUUCCUGCCUGCAAAUGAUUUUGAGAGGGCAAAUGUUCAGGCCUUGGUGCAAAAGAUAAGAAGCAACAAAGCAUGGUUGGAAGAUGAAGUGGUGAAAUACAAUGCUCUGCUUUUUAGAGGAUUUACUGUGAGGUCUGCUGAUGAUUUCAAGGUGGUUGUUGAAGCUUUUGGAUGGGAAGAACAGCAGUAUCUUGGGUUUGCUGCAAGAAGGAAAGUUGUUGAUAGAGUUUACACUGCAAAUGAGGCUCCCUUGCAUGAGCAGAUUGAUUUCCACCAUGAGAUGGCUCUGAUGAAAGAGUGGCCCUCUAAGCUGUUUUUCUUCUGUGAGACUGCACCUCCAGGUGGUGGUGAAAGUGCUAUAGCUCCAAGCCAUCUCAUUCCUCCACUUAUGGAAAGCAUUCUGCCAGAGUUUGUAAAGAAAGUUAAGGAUUUUGGAUUGCUCUUCAACAUAACAACUCCAAGCCAAGAUACUUCCAAUUCCUUCAUCUCCAAAACAUGGAAAACUAUGCUUGACACCUCUGAUCCAGAGGAAGCAAAGAAAAGGGCUGCUGACAUACUUGGUUGCAUGCAUUUUGAAUGUCAUGAUGAUGGUACUGCUGAUUUUAAAUUUGGGCCUUUGGAAAUGAUUAGAAUAUUGGAAAAAGAGAGAGGAAAGGUGUGGUUCACCACGAUAGCAGGGUAUGGUCAAGGAAGCAAGAACCAAUUUCUUAGGUUGGGAGAUGAGUCUAUUAUUCCUAUUGAAGCUAUAGAAGCAUUCAAAAACAUUAUGGAUGAGCAAUGUGUGAACUUGAAGUUGAAAAAUGGGGACGUGUUGUUAUUGAACAACCUUGCUAUUCAACAUGCAAGGAGGCCAUCUAAACCUCCUAGGAAGGUCCUAGUUUCUAUGUGCAAAUAGUUCAUAUAUUAUUUGGCAAUCUAAACUAGUAUUUAUAGAUAGUCGUUGUUUAAAUAAAUGUGAUCUCAAUAGAGAUUUGUAAAGUUCAAGGCAAGAAAUAUUGACAAUAAUGCAAACGAAAAGGUGAAUCUUAUGUAGAAAAGAAAGAAACAAAUGGUUUCCAUUGAAAGAGGAUUAAGUGAUGUUUUAAGUGUAUAUAAUUAGUAAUAUUUGUAUUA